AGAUGUAAUAGGGGGAGUAAAAGUUUGAUUUGGCAGAGCAGAACAGGAAAGGUUAAUUGGGCAGGUGAGCAGGUGAGGAACCCGAGAAGGAGGCGGCUGGCUGUGGGGAACAUUUGAUCCGCAGACAGGUUGGAAACUAUAGCAUCCACCCCCGUGUAUAUAACAGUGAGACAGCUGUGUGAUCGCACCACAAAGCCUUAUCCGGUGCUGCUGCUUUGGACCUGGACGCAGAGGAAUCAACAGCGGACCAACAUGUCGCUUACCUCUAUCCUCUCAGCUGAGGCCAUUGAAAACGCUGUCAAGGACUGUCAAGCUCCAGACUCCUUCUGCUACAAAAAGUUUUUCCAGCUGUGUGGCCUGUCCUCAAAGACGCCCCAGGAAGUCAAAGAUGUCUUCCGGAUCCUUGAUGAGGACAACAGCGGCUUCAUCGAGGAGUCAGAGCUCAAGUACUUCCUGCAGAGGUUUGUCCCCGGGGCGAGGACCCUGAACGAAGCAGAAAUAAAGAGUUUUGUCUCAGCAGCUGAUGAGGACAGUGACGGCAGAAUUGGAGCAGAUGAAUUCCAGACUAUGGUCCUGUCCUGAGUUUUAUUCAUGGGAAGUAGCUCAAGUACUCAGAUCGUCCGUCCUCCCAACACUUCAGGAGUCCUCUGGUCACAGCUUCUAUUCCCAGUGAUUUUCUUUGUCUGCUAAAAUCUGUCCAAUAGUUUUGAAAGUGUCCUUUAAUUCUUUUAAAAAAUACAUAUGACUUUUAGGUUUUCUUUCCUCUGUUUUUUGACCAUGUGUCCUUUUUCUGUGCGAAGCCUACCUCCUACAAACAAUAAGAUGAAUAAACAUGUGGAAAUUAAGAUCACCUCUUUAAGCGUUUCUCUAAUAAGAAAUGUAAAAGAUGGAUAAGAAAAUGCUAUGAAAAUGAUGUGUGUAUUGUACAGUUUAAAUGCUGUCUUCAAAUGAAUAAACCACAUGUAUGAAAGCAGGAAAUAAAAGUGUCAUGGGAUUA